AUGUCGUCGACAGCCGCCAGAUCGGUUGCUGCCGACAAGAUGAAGAAAGCCAAUGGCGCAGGACUAGCAGCAGACUCGACGACAAGAUCAGGAGCGUCGCGAUCCCGGAUGAACUCUGCCGCAAACAACAUCAACAAUACCAACAACCCAAACGAUGCCAGCUUCAGGAGCGAGCGCGAAAGACACAAUGCGCGAUACAAGGAGGCUUCGCCCCAGCCGGACUCCCAGUCCACCUCUCAGACCAGCCAUGGCUAUGCCCAGACGUCCCAUAAGAGGUCCGCCUCGGGCAACCUGCGCCCGUCGAGCAAGCUGGAGGAGCGACGAACCGAAAAGGUUAAGGUGACAACCCGCGAAACGGUUGUAUCCCGCACGAGGAGUCCGGACCGCCGCGGGACGCAGCCAGCGCACAGGGAGCAGAGGGUCAACGACCUCGGAAAGCACAGGGUGGCCACCGAACUGCGGCCCAAGGACAAUCGCCCUGAACAGCCGCAGACGGUCUGGGAGCCCGAGGCAUCGCUCCUGCCUCUCACUACGGCGCCAUUGGCCUCGCGUAUCUCCAUCCCGCCGCUGGCGUCGCAUCAGCCUACUGCGCUGCAGCCCAAACCCUUGUACGAACUUCCGCUCGCUGCUCAGGAGGCCUUGAUCUUGGAGGAUCUGCUUUAUGUAUUCAUGGGUAUUGAGGGCCAGUACAUUCGCUACGCCAAAGUCUACAACCCCAACGAGGAACGAGAUCGCCUCACAGGUCCCACCUUCAGGAUUCUUCCAGGUCUGGAUCCCAGCUUACAGGACCUGACCGCAUCGAUGCUGAGGAUGGCCACCCACUACUCGGCACUCAUGGAGUUUGUGGAUGUGCAGAGCAGGGAUGAGUUUGGGACUGUCAACCAUGCCCUUUGCGCCUCUAUACGGAAACUCCUCCAGGACUACCUCGUGUUGAUCGCGCAGCUAGAGACGCAAUUCUUGACCGAUGAUGGUUUCACCCUACAAGUGCUCAAUAUCCACCUGCUUCCAACGAGUCACAUGAUGCUGCAGCUGCAUGGCCUGGCGCACGAGCUGCUGAAGAAAAACGCCCUGUUGGACGAUGAGAGUGACGAAUCAAGUGACGACGACGACCCCAAUGACUAUGACAAGAUUGUCAACCAGCUGAGGGAAGGUGGUGAUAUCAUUCCUGGAAACAUGGGUGGCAAGAAAAUAUCCAAAGGCGGUGCUGUUUUGGGCAUCAUCACCAGCAGACUCGACACAAUGUCAGGAGACCCUGCAGCUCGCGCACUUCUGACGACGCUGUUGAGGGAUGCCAGCAGGCCCUAUAUGGCCAUGCUCAACGAGUGGCUGCAUCACGGUGCAAUCAACGAUCCACAUGCCGAAUUCUUGGUCAAGGAGCAAAGAAGCAUCCGCAGGGACAGGCUUGAGCAGGAUUACACAGACGAAUACUGGGAGAGACGAUACACCAUUCGAGACCAAGACGUGCCUCCGCAGCUUCAAGGAUUGAAAGACAAGGUGCUUCUUGCUGGGAAAUAUUUGAACGUCGUACGAGAAUGUGGUGGUGUCGACGUCAGCAAACAAGUCAAGGACGUACCCUUGACUUUUGAUGAUGCUCGGUUUCUGGACAACGUGCACAAUGCCUACGCUCAUGCGAACGAAUCUCUGAUGCAGCUGUUGUUGACGGCGCACUCGCUGCCUGCCCGGCUGAGUUCGAUGAAACAUUACUUCUUCCUCGACCCGUCGGACUACUUCUCUUACUUUCUCGAGCUUGGUGCCGCGGAGCUUAAGAGGCCCGUCAAGUCGGUCAACACGAGCAAGCUGCAGUCACUGCUGGACUUGGUGCUGCGCCAGCCCGGCACUGUGGUCUCUCUAGAUCCUUUCAAGGAGGACGUCAAAGUAGAGAUGAACGAGGUCCCUCUGAUCAAGUCACUGCAACGAGUAGUCAACAUUACCGGUCUUGAUGUGGGUGAGACUUUUCAGCCCUCAACAAGCAUGCCCUCCGAGACGGACAAGAGUGCCAUCGGGUUCAACUGCUUGCAGCUCGACUACGCAGUGCCCUUUCCGGUAUCUCUAGUUAUCAGCCGAAAGACUGUGUGGCGCUACCAGGCUUUGUUUCGUUACCUGCUGUCUCUACGUCACCUCGAGUCUCUUUUAUCGAACCAUUGGCAAGCUCACAACCAAUGGGCACUUUGGACCCGCCGAAGUUCAUCACACCGAAUCGAGGUAUUCAAGAGGCGCGUUCUCACGCUACGUGCGCGAAUGCUGGUAUUUGUCCAGCAGCUGCUCUAUUUUUGCACGGCUGAGGUCAUCCAGCCGAACUGGCACAAGUUCAUGCAAAGCCUCGAGAAAAAGGAGGGUGCUAAGGGAUUGACGCGGACUGUGGACGAGUUGAUGCAGGACCACGUGGGCUUUUUGGACACGUGCCUAAAGGAGUGUAUGCUUACAAACAGUAAGCUCCUAAAGAUCAACGCCAAACUAAUGCACACCGUCUUGCUCUUUGCCACCUACAGUAGGUGGUUCAAUCAGGAGUUGAAAAAGGCAGAUCCGGACCUGGCAGGACCAACAAAGCCAGCGGGCAUGUCGGAUCGGGACUGGGCGCUCAUACAGGCCCUCCCUACAGAGAGUAAAUCCUCACACUCAUCGGGUGGGGAGAAGCCCAGAGACAACAUGUUUGAGAUCCUCGCCAAGUGGGAGGUGAAUUUUAGUCGACACCUACACAUCAUGCUAGACUCACUCAACCACUAUGCCGCGACGGAGACGGUGGUACUGCUGAGCUUGUGCGCCCGACUUAGCGCGGCGAGCGAGGGGAUUGAGACACCCGGGGCAAGAGAACCCGACAAUGAUAGCACCUGA